GCUCGGUAACAGUAACUUUGCCGCCUACAGCCAGUGUCCAUCGUAACGUAGCAGCAGCCAGCGCCGCCAUGAAGAAACUCGUCAAGUUUAGGCUUGGGCUCUGCGCCAUCGAGCUGGUUUUCGGCAUCGUUCUGCUCUGCAUGGAGGCGGGCUUCCAACGCAAGUACCAGUACUUCGGCGUCACUGAGGUCGUCACGUACGGCAGCUUCACUAUCAUCCAGGCCGCCAGGCUCGUCUGCGCUUUCUUCCUAGAAUUUGUGCCAAAUGACAUCGACCUGGUUUGGACGCGCACGGGCAUGGUGCUGUACACGGUGAGCGGCUGGGUGCAAGUGGUGGAGUGCAAGCACGACCUCGACCGAGCUGGCCUCGGCUUCAUCGCCGCGUUCAUCUUCCUCUUCGACCAGACAGUCUUCUUCCUCAACCACCCCAUCCCGGAAUGGAUGCUGGAGCCGCCCCCGGAAGAGACUACCUGCGAGGAAGAAAAAGCCGCCGCAGACUCAGUCCAGCAGGAGCAAAACAAGGCACUGCUGGAGGAAAAGGGCAACUGUGUGAGGAGGGCUGUCGCAUCGUAGGCUUCAGACCCGCUGUGGACGGACUGUUUUGAACACCAGCGCGACAGACAGCGAGUUAAGGUGUCUCCUAUUCCUGCCUAUCGACACCCGAAACAUACACAAUGCAAAUUAACUAUGCAGAAGCAGCACAGUUACUACGUACUCUAAUUUUAUUCUUAAAUCAGAGCUGCAGACAUGGUUUUACCGAAUACGUGAGGAGCAUCAAACCGAGCCCUCCUGUCACAAAUUUUGGUGCUUUAAAAUAACGUUGGACAAUGCAUUUCGGUCCCUGUGAGUCAAUCAGCUGAUGAAAUUUGAGUGUUACAUCACGUCUCGUGGUCUGGUGAGGUGAGGUCAUAGAAAUGCACGUUUCUGUUCAAAAAGUUUGGGUGCUGAACACUGAAAAUUGCGAAUCACAAAAAACUAAAGAAAAUGAGGCUUAGAUAAGAAACUUACUAACGUACCAGAAAUGGGAGAACAUUCAAUGUUGUUUAACCCGUAACUAAUACGGUGAAAUUUUUCUAGCACUGCUAAUAUCGUGGGUUAAUCGAACACUCGGUUAUUCAUUUCAGAAUUAUGGGAAUGGAAAUAAAACCGACUCUUACGAAUAUUUUAAGGUGAACAUGUU